UCAGCUACUUAUAGCGGGACUGCGGUGGGCAUUCAGUCACUGGGGGGAACUGACUUGGUGUCAAUGACAUCCCCAGUGACACCAAUACAGUGAUCAGUGCUAAUAAAAAGCACUGAUGCUGUACUAAUGGCACUGGGCAGGGAGGGGUUAACAUGAGGGGCGAUCAAAGGGUUAACUGUGUGCUGUUUCACUGGUUAACUGUGUGCUGUGUGUGUUUUACUGUGCAAAGCAAUACAAAGCUAUGCAGAGCAAUACAAAGCAGCAUGCUGGUGCUGACAGGAGAGAGAUCUGUAUUGUUUACAUACAGACCUUUCCCCUGCCAGUGUUCCUCGGCCAUUGCCGGGUUCCGGCAGGGAAUCUCUGGCCAGGACCCGGUGAUCGAAGGCUGUAGCCACCAAUGGCAGCCCACA